AGCAGUUAUAUUUUGGCAUUCUUGCUAAAUCACAUAAACACUUUCAUCAACAUAUGUGUAAACACUGCACUUCUAUUCGCGAGGUAAUUUUGUGUCCCCGGUAACGAUCCCAGAAACGCUUGCAGGCAAAAAUCGCCUUAGUCCCCGCCUCAUUUUUGAAAAGGCUUAUUGUAGUAAUUUCACCGCUGACUUGAACAAACGCUUGCUGCUUUCGUCGUGAGCAGUUUGUCAUGAAUAUUCUUCAAAAUUUGUCAAAAUUUAGCGUUUUGAUAAAACUUGUAUUCGCGGUUUUGUAAUUUAAGCUUUUCUUAUGGGCUCAAGAGGGCAAUACAAACGAUAUGCAGUUGAUUCCAUUGUUGAUCUUCCAAGAAGAACAAAAUAUAGACGACGAAAGCAGUUGCGUGCUACGAUGGAGAUAGAUCAAGCAACUUCAUCUGAUAUGAUUCAAUUUCAUCAAAAUGAUCAAGAGACACAGGCACAGGCAUGUCAGGAGAAUGGAAAAAUUGAUGUUGAUUUCCAGCUUAAUAAUAAUGGCCUUGGACAUGAAGCACUGCAGGUUUUAAACAUCGAAAAUGGUGAUGAACAAAUAUAUCCUGGUGCUCUUAUAACAAAGUCUCAAAGUGUUCUCCUGCUCGUCGCAUUUUUAUUAAAGAACAAUUUAACAGAUGCAGCUUUGACUGAUCUACUCGACAUUUUGAGUUUGAUUUUGCCGAGCACGUUUCCAUCCAGCAAGUAUAAGUUCUACAAAGCAAUUCAAGUGGAGGAAUCUCAGGCUCAUUUUUAUUGCGAGUCAUGUUUGUCGUACAUUGGAACAAGCGCAGAAAGCACAAAGUGUGAUGAAUGUGAUACACCUUUCAAUCGCGAAAACAGCAUGAAGAACGGCACCUUUUUUCUUCAUAUUCCACUAAAAGGACAACUUAAGCAGCUCCUGUCUGAUCCCAUUCUUUAUGAAUAUUUAACCAACAGGAAUUUGGAAGUUUUGAUUGAAUCAACUGUUAUAUCAGACGUAACUACGGGUAAACUAUAUAAGAGCCUGAUAAGGGAUAAAGCUAUGGCGAAAAAUGACAUUUCUUUAACUUGGAAUGCAGAUGGCAUUCCUGUUUUUAAGUCAUCACAAUACUCUAUUUGGCCUAUCUAA